UUUUUUUUUUUUUUACUCUUCUCUUUCUUAUCGAUGAAUUUUGGUCUGUUCCUCCAACGUUCUUGUCCGUCCUUUCUUCUGUCUCUAUUUUCUUCUCAUUUCUAAAAUUUGAUUGACUUUGGCUGAAAUUAAUUACCCAAAUGCAUAUGAAUAUCAAUGAUGAAGAUCCUCAAAACAUUUGCUGAAUGUCAGGUCUGAGGUUACUCACCUUUUACAGAAAUGUUAAGUAGGAACCAUUGCUCUGGCAAUGAUCUUAAUAUUUUAGUAGAGAUUCAGUAUUGUUCGAGAUGCAAUUAGUAUCAAAUGAUAGUCGAAAGGAAGAUAUUUCUGAGAGUGAACCCAUCUUAUGCCAGUCUGAUAUUUCACAAAGAUCUGAAGAAUGUUCAUCUUCAUUUGAAAUUACAGUCAUUGGAGGGGAUUGUGUUGUUACUAGUGAUGAUUUGGAAGAUAUUAAUGUUGAUGAAACUAGCCAUCUGGUGAAUGCAGAUCACCCACAAUGCCGUAUAUGCCUUGAAAUCGAAGGGGAUGACUUAAUUGCACCGUGCCACUGCAAGGGCACUCAGAAGUAUGUUCAUAGAUCCUGUCUUGAUAACUGGAGGUCAACUAAGGAGGGCUUUGCAUUUGCUCACUGUACAGAGUGCAGGGCAUUGUUCAUCUUACGUGCAAAUGUCCCACCUGAUCGCUGGUGGUUGAGAUUAAAAUUUCAGUUCCUUGUUGUAAGGGACCAUGUAUUCAUCUUUGUAAUUGUUCAGCUGAUUGUGGCAUUCUUAGGGGUGCUGGUCUACAAGUUUUAUGGAGAGGAACUAAGAGAAAUGUUUGGUUAUGAUGAACAUCCUUAUGUGUUCUAUACUAUGGCAGUUUUAGCAAUUGUUUUGGUGGGUUUGCUCUAUGGUUUCUUCAUUGCUAUUAUAUGUGGACAGAGGAUCAAUGAACGGCACUAUCACAUUCUUGAGAAACAAGAAUUAACAAAGGAAUACGUAGUUGAAGACCGAGAAGAAAAUCAGAAUAUCCCGGAACUAGACCCCAGCCAUGUGACAGAGCUAAGAAUGUUGGGUCUUUACUAAUUUGGUAGCUAUGCAUUUCAUUUAUUUUCCUGGGUUUUGCUUCAUGAUAUGGCUGGUGGCGUUCUUGACAUACGACUUUAAUAUGUCGCUACCAUUGACUGACCUGUGUGCAUUAGGCGUUCCAUCAAAACCUGGAAGGCCGUGGGAAGUUGUUCCUCCUCUGAAUACCUUAAUCAGUGUGUUGUCAGUGUUUGUGCAUUAGACGUUGGUUUCACUGAGAAAUAAUUUUUUUAUGCUCUACAAUUUUCUUUUUUUUCUUUGUACAGAUUAUAAGAGAAAUAUGCAAAAUUAAUAUGUUUUUUUGGUUUGCGAUAGACAGAAAAUGGCUAAAUUAAAAAUAUUACCGAAAUGAGGCUGCUACAUGUUUCUGAUGUUGCUUUUUUAAUUAUGAUUUUUUAUGCUGGAGAGCGAAUUACCAAGAUACGAGAUUAUUAAAAAGUUAAUGUUUUACUAGGAUAUAAAUGAAUUAAUUUCUUUUUUUUAGUUUUCAUAGUAGUGAAAUU